UUCCGAGAUCCGACGUUAGUCUACGGAGAUAAGAAUACAGCGAGGUUAAAUAAGACUUAAGGGUAACAGGAAUUUGAUUGAUAGCAUUGUAUCGUCAUCUUUGCUUUGCUACAACUUUCUACAUAUGUUGUUGCAGUCAUUUUGUAGGUCAAUUGGACCUACUUCUAUUCGAUAUGCUUCUUUGAGUACUCGUUAUGUUUCUCAGACUCACAAACCUCCAUCAUUCCCUACCAUUCCAGAAUGCCCCUCUCCAACAUGUUCCUGCGCUGAGAACCCCAAGAUGCCAGAAGGAUUGGAGAUAGAUCAUUCAAAACCACUCAACGGUACCAUGGCGGCAUAUGCCGAACAGGUUCUAAUAUGCACGGGAAAGUCAGAUUGGCCUUCUCGUAUUGAGGAAGACAAUUCGGGAGACAACCUCGCCGCAGACAUCAAGGAGUUGAUGGGUCGCGGUGGAAUGUAUAGUGAUGUAAUAAGAACAAUUUCGUACAUUCAGUUGAGAUGGUACUAACAGGUCAUAGCCUUAUAACAAUGUUUUGAUUACGAAUGCAUCCUUUCCUUCCACCAUCGCCACACACAGACCCGAAAUUAUAACGACAUCUGCGUACAUAGUACCGUCGUUCAAAUAUAUUCCAUUCCUUCCACGGGUCUCUUUCGAUUCGGUGCAGGCUCUAGUAAAAGGAUAUCUACUUCCAACGAAACUGGAUGCUGCACAUGACAGCAUAUCUCCCAUACAUAAAGAUCGUUUGCUGCGGAGUAAGGAACAGGCAAAAUUUCUGCCUGCUGUAAAAGAUGUGAAGGAUAUAUUGAUAUUGAUUUGCGGACACGGAGGACGAGACAUGAGAUGUGGAAUCCUAGCUCCAAUCUUGCAAGCUGAGUUUGAGAGAGUUCUGCCGACGAAAGAAGUGCAGGUCUUGAAAGGUGCAGUGGAGGUUAGCGUCGAUAGCUCUACAGAGCUCCUGGAAGGACCGAGGGAACCGAAUGUGAAUACUGCAAGAAUUGGGUUAAUCAGUCAUAUCGGGGGACAUAAAUUUGCUGGAAAUGUCAUAUUAUACAUUCCACUUGAAGCUAAGAUGAAAGAUGGUGAAGCUCAUCCAUUGGCAGGAUGUGGAGUUUGGUACGGGAGGGUCGAGCCGAAACACGUAGAGGGUAUCGUGCAAGAGACAUUAUUGGAAGGAAAGGUCAUUGAAGAAAUGUUCCGUGGUGGAAUUAGACAAGGUGGUGAAAUUUUGAGGAUAUAAAUGACGCGAUUAUUGGUGGUGUAGACUUGAAUGACAAAGGACAUCUUCACGGUAGGUAAGCUUUCAAGGUAGAGAUGUGCAACACAUGACCAGGAAAGUCGUCAACUCAUGGAGACGAGAAAACAGAAUUGUCCUCUUUCCAACCAUCAAGAAGUUGUACUCGUUUUUGGAUCAUGCCACCCAAACUGAUGUAAUGCGAAAGGGAAAAGCAAAGGGAACCAGACAUUUCGCACACCAGAUUCGGACUCCAAGGCUUUUUUAUCAGCAGACUGCGAUGAGUGCAAAGGGCAAAUAGAACAUAGCACAAUGAGGUGACAUCGCUAGUUAGUAGCAACGCGUAAAGAUGCUCACAGCCAGCGUCCGAGGCAAUUACUGUACGCGUGCAUGUGAAGACUAGAGAAUCAUAGAAUCCUUUGGGUUUAGGGGGUCUAUGAUCGAGAUGGAGAAGGGGAUCGAGAUCCUCCAUCUCCAUCGAGCGAGCAUAAAGCAUCGAGCAUUCUUGAACAAAUGGAUCAUGGAAGGAGCAACAUGGAAUUCUUUAGUAUCAGCAUGGAAUUUUCAUCAGGCCGUUUGAUGAUUUUUCGUAAGCACAAGCUCACGAGGUACAUUAAAAGUGGGGUUAUUGCUUUUGGCAUUAGGGUAGAGCGUUCCAGAAACUCCUACUUUCCUUCCAACAACCAAGAAAUUCUGAUUUUUAUAUGCAAAUGAAGUAUUGACCUAGUUCAAAUGAGGAACUAGUGGCUCCUGCGCUCAGCUCAAUAGCGGGGGAUCUUCCAUUUUUUGCCAUGCGGAUAACAUCGGAAAGGGAAAACCCGCAUUUGUUUGAUGGGAAAAGUUGGUCAAGCCACAAAGCGU